GACGGUGUGGAUUUUGAAGUACAAACCGAUCAUAAACCAUUGAAAUGGCUGAACAAAAAAGCACAAGGCAAUGAUAAAUGUGAACGAUGGCGACUGAAAUUUCAACAAUAUCGUAUGACAAUUACACGUAUUAUAAGGCAUGACAACACCAUGCCAGACUAUUUAUCUCGAUCACCCGUGGAUGGUCCUACAGACGAUCUAGAUGAUUAUGUACAACGAAUAUCACGCUAA